CCCUACUUGAACCAUGACGCCGACGGGCGCUUACUACGAUCUCCAUGGCUUCCUCCUCCACUUCUCGCCUCUACACUGCCGAUGGCACCGACCCUAACUCCCUUCCGCCCAAGGAAGACGGCUGGACACGCUUCGUGUGCAUCUCGGAUACGCACUCGAAGAAGUACAGCUAUAUCCCGCCGGGGGACGUGCUCCUGCAUGCGGGCGACUUGAGCAGUCAGGGAUUUCCGCAUAGACUGCAGAAAACAUUGGAAUGGUUAGGCGAGCUGCCGCAUUCAGUCAAGUGCAUCAUAGCAGGAAACCACGAUCUCUGCCUAGAUGCGGAGAUUGACCCCGCGGACCAGGAAUACUUCGAGGACAGGGAUGGCAUACCCCUGGAGAGGGUACGCGAACGCAUACGCAGCCAAGACGUCACCAGCAAAGGCAUCCGCUACCUUGAGCAUGAGUCGCUCACGAUCACUUCUCCCACCGGUCGCCGUUGGAAGGUUUACGGCUCACCAGCGGCAGCACGAUAUUCUAUCGGCGCCUUCCAGUAUGAAACUAAGACCGAGGCAGAGGUGAUCUACUCCCGAAUAACCGUGGACACUGAAAUUCUCCUCACGCACACGCCUCCUUACCGCUUACAUGACAAGACGAGACACGGCAUACACGCAGGAUGUCCUGUCCUAGCGCGUAGACUGCCUGACCUGCAGCAAUGCCGCUUGCAUGUCUUCGGUCACAUUCACGAGUCUUGCGGCGUGAGCAUCGACGAGAAGGGGAUGGUGUCAGUGAAUGCGGCGCUUGCUCGAAUGCACGGGAGGGUCACUGUCGUGGAUCUCAAGGAUUGAAGCUGAGCUGGUUACUUCAUGGACUGUAUGGACUGUCGCGCUUGUACACCUCACUUGUACUGAUCGUCAUUCCAAUGAGCAGACUGGUUUGCCAAGCACGCCGGCCUUCUUCU